UCGUGGUUUCCCCUGGUGGUGAGAUGCGACCACAUGGACAUCAUUUCCCGGCUAUCGACGCUCCGGCUGUUUGAGCAAAAUAAGUGGCAGCGAGCCAGGCAGCUCAGCCGAGGAGCCAGUGUGCUGCCCGCCUCAGCGAGCACAGCCCCGGAGCUCCGACGGCCGCGGGGAGGUGAAAGAGUUGACACAAAUAACUGGAUUGUUACAGCUGCGGAAGAAGGCUGGAUCUCCCCCCCGGCUCGGCGGUGAAGAGGAGAGCCAAUGUCGUCCAGAGAAAGCUGAAUACCCACGACCGAGUUGUUCCCUGUGUGUGUGUGUGUGUCAAAGAUGUCGGACAAGAUGUCCAGCUUCCUACACAUCGGGGACAUCUGCUCCAUGUAUGCAGAAGGAUCCACCAAUGGUUUCAUCAGCACCCUGGGCUUGGUGGAUGACCGCUGUGUCGUCCAACCUGACGCUGGAGACCUCAACAACCCUCCAAAGAAGUUCCGAGACUGUCUGUUCAGACUGUGUCCCAUGAACCGCUACUCUGCCCAGAAGCAGUUCUGGAAAGCGGCAAAGCCUGGAGGGAACACGGACACGGUGCUCCUCAACAAGCUCCAUCAUGCAGCUGACUUGGAGAAAAAGCAAAAUGACUCUGAAAACAAAAAGCUGCUUGGAACAGUAAUUCAGUACGGGAAUGUCAUUCAGCUCCUCCACCUGAAGAGCAACAAAUACCUGACGGUGAACAAGCGUCUGCCUGCGCUGUUGGAGAAGAACGCCAUGAGGGUGAUGUUGGACACCGCUGGAAAUGAGGGCUCCUGGUUCUACAUCCAGCCAUUCUACAAACUACGCUCCAUCGGGGACAGUGUGGUGAUUGGGGACAAAGUGGUCCUUAACCCAGUGAAUGCUGGUCAGCCGCUCCAUGCCAGCACACACCAGCUAGUGGAUAAUCCAGGAUGCAACGAGGUGAACUCGGUCAACUGUAACACCAGCUGGAAGAUUGUCUUGUUUAUGAAAUGGGGCGACAACCAAGAGAUCAUCCUAAAAGGGGGUGACGUGGUACGGUUAUUUCAUGCAGAGCAGGAGAAAUUCCUCACCUGUGAUGAUCACAGAAAAAAACAAUACGUUUUUCUUCGCACUACUGGACGGCAGUCGGCUACCUCGGCAACCAGCAGCAAAGCCCUUUGGGAGAUAGAGGUUGUACAGCAUGAUCCAUGUCGAGGGGGGGCAGGCUACUGGAACAGCCUGUUCCGAUUCAAACACCUGGCUACUGGACACUACCUGGCUGCUGAGGUGAAUCCAGAGUAUGAAGAGGAGUGCCUGGAGUACCGCUCCUCACUGGACUCGGAGCAAGACACCUCAAGAGCCCGUUUGAGACAUGUCCAGGACAAAGUCAUGUACACCCUUGUGUCUGUACCGGAUGGGAAUGACAUCUCUUCCAUAUUUGAGCUUGACCCUACAACAUUAAGAGGAGGAGACUCACUGGUACCCAGGAACUCCUAUGUGCGCCUCAGGCACCUGUGCACAAACACAUGGGUUCACAGCACCAACCAACCAAUUGACAAGGAGGAAGAAAAGCCCGUCAUGCUGCGCAUCGGCACCUCAGCACUGAAAGAGGACAAGGAGGCAUUUGCCAUCGUGCCCGUCUCCCCUGCUGAAGUGAGAGACCUUGACUUUGCCAACGAUGCCAGUAAAGUGCUAGCCUCUAUUGCUGGAAAGCUGGAAAAAGGAACCAUCACACAGAAUGAGAGGAGAGCCGUUACCAAGCUACUGGAGGAUUUGGUGUUCUUUGUGGUGGAUAUCCCUAACAACGGACAGGAUGUUCUUGAGAUCAUGGUCAACAAACCCAACAGGGAACGACAGAAACUGAUGAGAGAACAGAAUAUUCUCAAACAGAUCUUCAAGCUACUGCAGGCUCCAUUCACAGACAGCGGGGACGGGCCAAUGCUGCGACUGGAGGAGCUGGCUGACCAGCGUCAUGCCCCCUUCAGACACAUCUGCCGUCUGUGUUACCGUGUUUUGCGUCACUCUCAGCAGGACUACCGCAAGAACCAGGAGUAUAUCGCCAAACAGUUUCGCUUCAUGCAGAAACAGAUUGGCUAUGAUGUCUUGGCUGAGGACACAAUCACAGCUCUGCUCCAUAAUAACCGCAAGCUGCUGGAGAAACACAUCACUGCUGCAGAGAUCGACACGUUUGUUAGCCUGGUCCGCAAGAACCGUGAGCCAAGGUUCCUGGACUACCUGUCAGACUUGUGUGUGUCAAUGAAUAAGUCCAUCCCUGUGACACAGGAGCUCAUCUGUAACGCAGUGCUGGAUCCAGCCAACGCAGACAUCCUCAUAGAAACCAAACUCGUACUGUCGAGAUUUGAGAUCGAGGGAGCGCCGCUUGGGGAGAACUCUGUGGAGUCAGAGGAGGAUGAGGAGGAGGUGUGGUUGUUUUGGAAAGACCGCAUUAAAGAGAUCCGCAGUAAAAGCAUUAGGGAGCUGGCUCAGGAUGCCAAGGAGGGCCAGAAGGAGGACCAGGACGUGAUCAGUUAUUACAGGUACCAGCUGAACCUGUUUGCCAGGAUGUGUUUGGACCGCCAGUACCUGGCAAUCAACAAGAUCUCUGGCCAGCUGGAUGUGGACCUGAUCUUGCGAUGCAUGUCAGAUGAAGACCUGCCCUAUGAUCUGCGUGCCUCCUUCUGCCGCAUGAUGCUGCACAUGCAUGUAGAUCGUGAUCCUCAGGAGCAGGUUACCCCUGUCAAAUACGCUCGACUCUGGUCUGAAAUCCCCUCAGAGAUUGCCAUUGAUGACUACGACAAUGAUGGUACAUCUAAAGAUGAAAUUAAGGAGCGAUUCUGUCUGACUAUGGAGUUUGUUGAGAACUACUUGAGAGACGUGGUGUGUCAGAGCUUCCCUUUUGCAGAUAAAGAGAAGAACAAGCUGACCUUUGAGGUGGUGAAUCUGGCCAGGAACCUGAUUUAUUUUGGCUUCUACAACUUCAGUGACCUGCUGAGACUAACCAAGAUCCUGCUGGCUAUUUUAGACUGCGUCCAUGUGAGCACAAUUUUCCCUUUUAACAAGAUGGACAAAGAAGAAGAAGAAGAAAGUAAAGGUAGGAACAUCAUGGUUGGUCGGUGGAGGACCAAAUAUCUCAUGGACAUGGAGUUGAUGUCUGUAUUGAUGAAUGUGUGCUUGUUUCCAGGCAGCAAUGUGAUGAGAUCCAUUCAUGGUGUAGGAGAGCUGAUGUCCCAAGUGGUCCUAAGAGGAGGGGGCUUCCUACCCACAACUUCAAACACCAGCUCCAAUGGAGUCACAGUCAAGACCCAGACUGAGCCGGAGAAACAGGAUAUAUUGGUCAUGGACACCAAGCUAAAGAUCAUUGAGAUCCUGCAGUUCAUCUUGAACGUCCGCCUGGACUACAGGAUCUCCUGUCUGCUGUCUAUAUUUAAGAGGGAGUUUGAUGAGAGUAACUCUCAGAGUGAAUUAUCUAUAACUGGAGCAGUAGAAGGACCUAACAACAUGCCAGGAGCUUUGGAUUUUGAGAACAUAGAAGAGCAGGCAGAGGGGAUAUUUGGUGGAAGUGAAGAAAACACCCCACUGGACCUGGACGAUCAUGGUGGCCGUACCUUCUUGAGGGUCCUUCUCCACUUGACCAUGCAUGACUAUCCUCCUCUGGUGUCCAGAGCCCUCCACCUGCUCUUUAGGCAUUUCAGCCAAAGGCAGGAGGUCUUGCAGGCUUUUAAGCAGGUCCAGCUGCUGGUCACCAGCCAAGAUGUGGAAAAUUACAAGCAGAUAAAGUCAGACCUGGACCAGUUGCGCUCUAUCGUAGAGAAGUCUGAGCUCUGGGUGUACAAGAGGCAGGGGCCAGACGAGGGCAUGGAUGGGGGAGAGGGACUCUCCACUGACCAAGAGCAUAAAAGGGGAGAUUCAGGGGGCACAGACAAACCAAAGAAAGCAGAAAGCACCAGCAGUUACAACUACAGGGUGGUAAAGGAGAUCCUGCUGCGGCUCAGCAGGCUGUGUGUCCAAGAAGGUUUGUCAGGUAGGAAGAGCAAGAAACAGCAGCAGAGGCUGCUAAGGAACAUGGGGGCGCAUGCUGUCGUCCUUGAGCUGCUACAGAUUCCCUACGAGAAGGGAGAAGAUUUGCGUAUGCAGGAUAUCAUGAAGCUAGCCCACCAGUUCCUACAGAAUUUCUGUGCAGGAAACCAGCAGAACCAAGCCCUGCUGCACAAGCACAUCAAUCUUUUCCUCAACCCAGGGAUUUUAGAAGCCAUCACCAUGCAGCAUAUCUUCAUGAACAACUUCCAGCUGUGCAGUGAGAUCAAUGAGCGUGUGGUUCAGCACUUUGUCCACUGCAUCGAAACACAUGGACGCAAUGUCCAGUACCUCAAGUUCCUUCAGACGAUUGUCAAAGCGGAAAAUAAAUUCAUCAAAAAGUGUCAGGACAUCGUCAUGGCAGAGCUGGUGAAUGCUGGCGAAGAUGUUCUGGUCUUCUAUAAUGACCGCGCCUCCUUCCAGACACUGGUCCAGAUGAUGCGAUCAGAGCGGGACCGCAUGGAUGAGAACAGUCCGCUGAUGUACCACAUACACUUGGUGGAGCUGUUGGCUGUUUGCACUGAGGGCAAGAACGUCUACACAGAGAUCAAGUGUAACAGCCUGUUACCACUGGAUGACAUAGUGCGCGUGGUGACCCACGAGGACUGCAUCCCCGAGGUGAAGAUCGCCUAUAUCAACUUCCUGAACCACUGCUAUGUGGACACCGAGGUGGAAAUGAAGGAGAUCUACACCUCUAACCACAUGUGGAAACUCUUUGAGAACUUCCUAGUUGACAUUUGUAGAGUGUGCAACAAUACAAGCGACCGUAAGCAUGCAGACAUCAUUCUGGAGCGAUAUGUGACGGAGACGGUCAUGAGCAUCGUAACGACUUUCUUCAGCUCACCUUUCUCUGACCAGAGCACCAGCCUGCAGACCAGGCAGCCAGUCUUUGUGCAGCUGCUGCAGGCAGUAUUCAGGGUCUACCAUUGUAACUGGUUGGUCCCAGUCCAGAAGGGCUCUGUUGAGAACUGCAUCAAGGUGCUCUCUGAUGUUGCGAAAGGCAGAGCAAUAGCCAUUCCUGUGGACCUGGACAACCAGGUGAACAACCUGUUUGUGAAAUCCAACAACAUUGUCCAGAAGACAGCCAUGAGCUGGAGACUUUCUGCUCGCAAUGCUGCCCGCAGGGACUCUGUGGUGACCGCUUCACGGGACUACAGGAACAUCAUUGAGAGGCUGCAGGACAUUGUGUCAGCUCUCGAGGACCGUCUGCGGCCGUUGGUCCAGGCUGAGUUGUCAGUUCUGGUGGACGUGCUGCAUCGGCCCGAGCUGCUCUUCCCCGAAAACACCGACUCGCGUAAGAAGUGUGAGAGCGGAGGUUUCAUAUGCAAGCUGAUCAAACAUACCAAGCAGCUGCUGGAGGAAAACGAGGAGAGACUGUGCAUCAAAGUUCUGCAAACGCUGCGAGAGAUGAUGACAAAAGACCGUGGUUAUGGAGAGAAGCUCAGGGCCUUUGAUGAUGAGAUGGAUAUGCCUAAGCAGCUGGAUCAGAACCAGCCUGAGAAGUUGUUGGAGGACCAGAAGAGGGGCGAGGCACUGAGACAGAUUCUGGUGAAUCGUUACUAUGGCAACUUUUAUCGAAGUGGUGGGAGGAGGGACAGCCUGACGUCAUUUAGCAAUGGCCCCCUCAGUCCAGUAGGACCCGGCAAAAAUCAAUCAGCAUUAGGGGGUCCUGGGGGGCUGAGUCGUGCGGAAAUGAGCCUGUCGGAGGUACAGUGUCACUUGGACAAAGAGGGAGCCUCUGACCUGGUCAUUGACCUCAUCAUGAACACCACUAGUGACCGAGUUUUCCAAGAAAGCAUCCUCCUGGCUAUUGCAUUGCUGGAGGGUGGAAACACCACCAUCCAGCGUUCGUUCUUUUGCCGUCUGACAGAAGACAAGAAAUCCGAAAAGUUCUUCAGGGUUUUCUACGACCGUAUGAAGCUGGCCCAGCUGGAGAUCAAAGCCACGGUGACGGUAAAUACCAGCGACCUGGGAAACAGAAAGAGAGAUGAUGACAGCCAGGACAAAGACGUCCCUGUGCGCAAAAAAGCUAGAGACUCAGCGGUGGUCAUGACAGAGGAUGUGAGAGAGCAGCUAUUAGAGGCCUCGACUGCUACCAAGAAGGCCUUUAACUCAUACCGGCGUGAAGCAGACCCUGAGGACCACUUCAACUCAGCCGACGGCCACCCCAGCACUGGGGACAAGAACCAGGACGAGGGCGAAAUGAGUUUUGUAAUUGUUAUCAUGCAGCCCAUCCUUCGCUUCCUCCAGCUGCUUUGUGAGAAUCACAACCGGGACCUACAGAACUUUCUUCGCUGUCAAAACAACAAGAACAACUACAACCUUGUGUGUGAGACUCUUCAGUUCUUGGACUGUAUCUGCGGCAGCACCACAGGGGGUCUCGGCCUACUGGGACUGUACAUCAACGAGAAGAACGUAGCCCUCAUCAACCAAACUCUGGAGAGUCUAACGGAGUACUGCCAAGGCCCCUGCCAUGAAAACCAGAAUUGCAUUGCCACACACGAGUCCAAUGGAAUUGAUAUCAUAAUCGCCCUGAUCCUCAAUGACAUCAACCCACUUGGGAAGAAGCGGAUGGACCUGGUGUUGGAGCUCAAGAACAAUGCAUCCAAGUUGCUGCUUGCAAUCAUGGAGAGCCGUCACGACAGUGAGAACUCGGAGAGGAUCCUGUACAACAUGAGGCCCAAAGAGCUGGUGGAAGUGAUAAUGAAAGCCUAUCUACAGGGGGAGGAAGAAUUUGAGGACACAAAGGAGGAGGAUGAUAACGGGGAAGAGGAAGAACACGAUGCUGCUUCCCCCCGAAAUGUUGGACACAACAUCUACAUUUUAGCUCACCAGUUGGCACGUCACAAUAAGGAGCUGUCUAUGAUGUUAAAGCCAGGAGGGGCCAGUGGAGAGGGAGAUGAGGCCUUGGAGUUCUACGCCAAACACACUGCUCAGAUAGAGAUUGUGCGCCAGGACCGCACCAUGGAGGAGAUAGUGUUCCCCGUGCCCAACAUCUGUGAGUUCCUGACCACCGAGUCAAAGCUGCGAGUCUACUUCACCACGGAGAGAGACGAGCAGGGCAGCAAGAUCAACGACUUCUUCCUGCGAGCAGAGGAACUCUUUGAUGAGAUGAACUGGCAGAAGAAGCUCAGAGCCCAACCGGUGCUGUACUGGUGCUCAAGAAACAUGUCGGUGUGGAGUAACAUCUCCUUCAACCUGGCUGUGCUGAUGAACCUGCUGGUCUGCUUCUUCUACCCCCUGGAGGGUGUACAUGCAGGGAUGCUGGAUCCCCACCUUUCUGCCCUGCUGUGGAUGGGAGUCUUGGCAACACUGGCCAUUGUUAUCAUCAUGCCCCAACCGCUGAGCAUUCGUGCCUUCGUCAUUAUCACCAUCCUCCGCCUCAUCUUCUCUGUUGGCCUGGAGCCCACCCUCUUCCUUCUGGGUGCCUUCAAUGUGUGCAAUAAAAUCAUCUUCCUGAUAAGUUUCGUGGGGAACCGAGGAACCUUCACACGGGGUUACAGAGCCAUGGUGUUUGACUUUGAGUUCCUCUACCACCUCCUCUACCUCAUCAUCUGCUCUCUGGGGGUGUUUGUCCAUGUCUUCUUCUACAGUCUGCUGCUGUUUGACCUGGUAUACAGAGAAGAGACCUUGCUGAAUGUAAUCAAGAGUGUUACUCGUAAUGGACGCUCGAUCGUGCUCACCGCUGUGCUGGCUCUUAUCUUGGUCUACCUGUUCUCCAUCGUUGGCUACAUUUUCUUCAAAGACGACUUCAUCCUGGAGGUGGAUCGUAUCCCCAACACAACUCUGAAAAAUGGAGCCAGUCUGGCCAGUGAGUUUCUGCCUGCAGGAAUGUGUCCGGGAGGGAUUGGUGAGAAUUGCACCACAGAGGCCCUGCAGGAAGAUUUGGGGAAUGGCGGUGAGGAGGAGAGCAACAUGGAGCGGACGUGCGACUCUCUACUUAUGUGUAUCGUUACUGUGCUGAGUCAUGGCUUGAGGAGUGGAGGAGGUGUAGGGGAUGUACUCCGCAAGCCUUCCAAAGAGGAGCCACUGUUUGCAGCUAGAGUGAUAUACGACCUGCUGUUCUUCUUCAUGGUCAUCAUCAUCGUCCUCAACCUCAUCUUUGGCGUAAUCAUCGACACCUUUGCUGACCUGAGGAGUGAAAAACAGAAGAAAGAAGAAGUCCUGAAGACUACUUGCUUCAUCUGCGGCCUGGAGCGGGACAAGUUUGACAACAAGACAGUGACCUUUGAGGAACACUUCAAAGAGGAGCACAACAUGUGGCACUACCUGUUCUUCAUUGUGCUGGUAAAAGUUAAGGACUCCACUGAAUACACAGGCCCCGAGAGCUACGUAGCUGAGAUGAUCAAGGAGCACAACCUGGACUGGUUCCCACGGAUGCGCGCCAUGUCACUGGUGAGCAGCGAUGCCGAGGGGGAGCAAAAUGAAAUCAGGAACCUGCAGGAGAAGCUUGAGUCGACCAUGAGGCUGGUUACCAACCUGUCUGGACAGCUGACUGAGCUCAAGGAACAGAUGACAGAGCAGAGGAAGCAGAAGCAACGAAUUGGUCUUCUUGGUCAUCCCCCUCACAUGAACAUCAAUCCCCAGCAGCCUGCCUGAGGGCCCUUGGGGACAGUAUCACCAGUGCCUUAGCACUUCUGUCAGUGCGCCACAUGUUAUACAGCAGAAUGCCAAAUCGUGUCCGUCUCCAGUAUGUAUUUAGGUCGAUGUCUGACUGUAUACUUCACCAGAAACUCCUACAAUAAGUGUUUCUACAACAUGCGUGCUUCUGAGUGUCUGUGUGAAGUGGAAGUUAUCGGAGUACGUUACUGGUGGCCUGUAGAGUGGAUGUGUCUGUGUGGGGGGAGAGUGUGCACCAAGUGCCUCGGGACCUGACAAGCCAGUCCUGUGGGUUUAGGAGAUGAAAACACUGACUUCAGCUUUACUACCCUGAAUGCCUUCUGCAUUGCACCACACUGACAGCAUACCAAAGUUGUUCCUGAGGGGAUAUUGCUUUCAAGUGGCCUUUUAUUGCGGUUUUGAUCCUCAGUGUUGCUCCAGCAAACUCAGGUCACAUGUGUAUUUGAAGGUUUGUAUGACCUCUACAACACAUUUUGCUUUUGUCUGACAGCAAUAGGAAUACUUAAUAAUAUGCAAUGUCUAAAUAAGAAUGAACUAUUUUUGGGAACUGGUAUUUGAUUUUAUAUUAGAAAUAUGGAGAUAAACAACACCUGUAAAGAAUCCAGAAGAGGUCACCUUACUUUUAAAGUCUCUUUAUGCUGUUAUAAAAUCUAUACUGGUUUUUUUUCCCAUUAAUUAUCACUUUCACAUUUUUUGCAAUCACAAAUGAAGGUUCUGUGCGGUUCAGAACACUUUAGUUUAAAAAGGUUUUUGAGGGGACUUUGAUAUUUGUUAAGGAAAAUACUACUAGAAAGUAACCUUUCAAUAACAAACCAUAUGGAGCUACUGUGGAGAAGGAGCAGAUCAUGUGACUGCUUCACUCUGAAGCAGGUUCCAUGCUGUGCUUAAUGAUAGUAGUGAUAUGGAGUCACAUUGGAAGCAUAAUGUGAACCAAACUUAAUUGAACUUGGGAGAAAUGUUCGAACGUUAGUUCAAUUAGAUUUAUCCUGCACUGAAUUAUGUAAUCUUCCUAUCAUCCAUUUAAUCCUAAAACACUGAUAUUUUCUGAAGCACUCAAAUAAUUGUUAAGGCACUUUGUAGAAGACCCACUUGAGAAUGUCUAAGUGUUUGAGCGUCUGUGAGGGGAAAAAAAUAUUAGAUUAAACAUUUGGAGUGCUGCUUAACCAAACUGAACUUUUCUACAAAUGGAUGGUUUGCGUCUGAAUUGUACAUUCCAUUCUUGGAGUCUAUUUAAAUAAACAAGUGUGUAAAAUAGUC